UGUUCAAUACCAUGUCUGGGAAAUGUCUUGGGAGGAAAGCUGCAUGUCAGAACAGUGUGGCACAAUUUAGCUAGUUCAACCAAUUUUUUUUCUGCCUGAGUUUAAUGCCACGGUAACGUAAUGGAGACCGGCAGCAGCAGUGAUUCAGGCAGGGGGAGCGGGAGGCCAGAUACGGCCGCCACCCUCCGGGUGCGUGUGGAGGACAGCGUCUUCAUGGUGGACAGAGCCAUGCUGGUGCGCGGCUGUGACUACUUCCGCGCCCUCUUCCGCUCGGGGAUGAGAGAGUGCAGGCAAGAGGAGGUUCACCUGAGGGGCCUGCGGGCGCGCGGCUUCCUGAUCGUGCUGGCUGUGCUGAGGGGGGACCGGCCCACCCUGAGCGACGACCAGAUCGUCGACGCCGUCGAAUGCGCUGCAUUCCUCCAGGUGGGCGCUCUGGCUCGGCACCUCGCUGACCUCAUCAACUCUGACAACUGCCUGCUGCUGUGCCAGGCCGCCGCCGUGUACGGCCUGUUGGAGCUCUACCUCAGUGCCGCGCUCUUUAUCCGUGACAUGCAUGAAGAUCUGCAGGAGGCGGCGGAAAGCCUGCUGUGGGAAUCUCGGCAGUAUGUGCAGUCUCUCACCCCCAGCUCCUUUGUGGCAGUUGGCACGUACUCUCCUUCCAUGGAGAUACUACAGGACUCUUUCAGGACUCUCUGUUACCUGGAUGAAGGCGAAAAGGACUGGAAACACCUGACUGACCUGCCGACAGAAGCUAGCACCUCCAUGGCAGGCCUGGCAGUCCUCUCCAACAAGCUCUACAUCGUGGGGGGCGUGCGGGACGUCAGCAAGCAAGUGGUGGAGUCUUGCUUCUGCUACGACGCGAUGGCUAACAAGUGGACCACCUUCAACGGCCCCCGCCAACUCCGCUACAACUUCACACUGGUGGGGCACGAGGGCCGGCUCUAUGCCAUCGGUGGGGAGUACGAGAAAACCGCCAUGUCGUCGGUGGAAAUGUACGACGUUGCGACUGGCAACUGGUCCUUCGUCCACCAUGCCCCACGGCCUGUGGCCGACGCGGCAUGCGCCAAGGCGAUGAGCCGGAUAUUUGUGUGCUUUUGGAAGCCCAAGGAGACUACAGACAUCUACGAGUAUGUCCCGGGACGGGACGAGUGGUCCCUCGUCACCACACUGAUUCGUCCUCACAGCUACGGUCACUGCAUGGUGGCGCACCGGGAUAACCUCUACGUGAUGCGGAACGGGCCCUACGCCGACUUCCUGCGGUGCCUGAUGGACUGUUACAACAUCACCACGGGGCAGUGGACCGCCAUGCCGGGGCACUAUGUCAACAGCAAGGGCGCCCUGUUCACUGCUGUGGUGAGAGGUGAUUCAGCGUUCACCGUCAACCGCAUGCUGACGCUGGAGUAUGCCAUCGGAACAGGGGGGUGGAAGCCACGGCGAGAGAUGAAGGGUUUUCCAAGGAGCGGUUCGGUCUGGACAUUUUUCCUGAGGCUGCCAAAAACGAGGGCACAUCCCAAACAGAGGGAAGCGCUGGACAGCACUGGUCAGGACGAUGCCAAUGACCCCAAUCCGGCUUAAACUCUCCCUGCACAAAUUCAAAAGUGCUCUGAAUACUACCUAAGAAGGCUGGAUGGAUCAUAAAUUAUCAGCGGCUCAAAAUUUUUUUGUAUGUUUUUAUUUCCUACUCACUCAUUUUUGAAAGUCUUCUUACCCAUGAUUCCAAGGCCCUCUGCAUACACAAGAGAGCUCAGCCAAGGUAGGCUCUCUCCUCCAAAGUGAAUGAUUGCAGCCACCACAUAUAUUCCACUCUACAGUCCUCCAGCUGAGCUGUGUGACCACUGGUGAGGAGGAAUGCAACUUCAUAUGUAGCUGGUGCAGGCAGACCACAAGUUCCUGACGAGCCAGUGAAAUCACUCUUAGACAAGGAGAACAUGCUAACUUCAACGCUCCCUGAGUGAUGCUACAGCUAAUUACGUGCCACCAUAAUAUGGCAGUUGGCACUAGUUAAAUUAGGAUUCAGUUCAAAGGAUCAAUGCUGACUGAGCUUUAGCUGGACAUGUCACUGCCCG